AUGACCCUGGUUGCGAUCUCCUCCCUGUGGUGGUGGCUCCAGUUGGAUGAUGCUCCAUCCGUCGAUAUGAUCUGUGGUCUGCGCGGCAGGCUGCCCCUAGUUAUAUAUAGUUCUGCCGAAAGAAAUUCGGAAAUGUUAAAAUCCGACCUUUUACUCAGUUUGUUUGGUGUUCAGAGAUUUUCACUGGGUGUGAAGUUUGAACAUGGUCAAGCACAGGGGAAUGCCUGCACGCAGGUCGUCGUAUGGAUGCGCUCGAGUUUGUCGCGCCGGCGCCAAGACGGACGGAUUGCUUUUUGCGAGCGAGUCAGCAGCGCCAGCUCCGUGACGCACGCGCCACGCCCGGCCUCCUCGUCCUCGUUUCACGCACGAUCAUCCCGCCCACCCCGGCCCCUCCAACCCCGACGGAGCCCUCCGGCUUCGACGCCCUUCUCGGUCGACGUGCCCCUCGCCGCGCCCUUCACCAUCGCCUCCUCGCGCCUCGACGCCGUCUCCAACGUCGCCGUGCGCGUCGAGCUCUCCAGCGGCGCCGUCGGAUGGGGCGAGGCGCCCGUCCUGCCCUCUGUCGCCGCCGAGGACCAGCCCGCCGCGCUCGCCGCCGUCGCCCGCGCCUGCGCGCUGCUCGCCGCCGCACCGGCCGCGCCACUCGGCGCCGUGCUUCGGGACGUCGCCGACGCCCUCCCCGGACACGCCUUCGCGUCGGCCAGAGCAGGAGUGGAGAUGGCAGUCAUUGACGCAGUUGCCAACAGCAUCCGCAUACCUCUCUGGAGAUUAUUCGGGGGAGCAUCAAACAGCGUGACCACGGACAUCACGAUUCCAAUCGUGACCCCAAAUGAGGCCGCUCAACUGGCUGCGAAAUACCGGGGACAAGGGUUUGAGACUCUCAAGCUCAAAGUAGGGAAAAACUUGAACUCGGACAUUGAAGUUCUCAAGGCUAUACGGCUCGUCCAUCCAGACUGCUCGUUCAUCUUGGAUGCAAAUGAAGGGUACACAGCAAAUCAAGCGGUCGAAGUUCUUGACAGACUAAAUGAAAUGGGUGUGACUCCUGUACUCUUUGAGCAACCAGUUCAUAGAGAUGAUUGGGAAGGCCUCCGUGACGUUAGCGUCGCUGCAAUGGAGAGAUACAGAGUUGCUGUUGCUGCUGAUGAGAGCUGUCGGAGUUUGCUUGAUGCUCAGAAAAUAAUACAUGGCAAUCUUGCUCAUGUUAUCAACAUCAAACUGGCAAAGAUGGGGGUUCUUGGAGCCCUUGAAGUAAUUGAUGCUGCAAGAAAAGCUGGUAUUGCGCUUAUGAUUGGCGGUAUGGUCGAGACGAGGAUUGCCAUGGGCUUUGCUGGUCAUCUAGCUGCUGGGCUUGGUUGUUUCAGUUUUAUUGACCUGGACACACCUCUUUUAUUGUCUGAAGAUCCAGUCUACGGUGGCUAUGAAGCUUCUGGACCUCUCUACAAAUUUACCAAUGCUCGUGGCCAUGGUGGCUUUCUUCACUUGGACAACAAUAAUGGAUGGAAAUGAAGAUGGUCAAGGCAUGCCUUGGUUCUCCCAGAACUUCGUAAAGUUAUGUUAUCACACUGGACGACUAAGUCUGGAGCUGAAACCACACACUUGUUGUAACAUCUACUGCUAUGCUGUAGUGUUACAUAGGUGCACGUUGUGCGUUCGGCCCAUGGGCCUUGUAAGUGUGGGCCUCACCGUGGCGUGUGUGUGGAGUAUGGUGCUAUAUAAUCACCGGCAUGCUUCUGUAUGAAUGAGGGAUGAAAUAGAAUCCGAACUCUGCUA